AUGGCUAUCUCGCGCCUCUUCCGGCAGAAUAACGGCUCCGCCGUAGUCUUCCUCGGCGUUGGGAUUGUACCUCUCCUCAUCGCCCUGGGUCUCAUCCUCGCCGCUCCGCACUCCGCCCUGGCGGCGCCUUGUGACCCCCAGGUCUCCGGCUACGGGCCUCCUACCUCGCCAGACACGGUGGACGCACUCCACGCGAACUUCGUCUAUGGGGCCACCGCGAGCAAUGCUCCCGUCCCGGCCGGCUACUCGGUGUUCGAUAAUAAUGGAAAUGCCCCGUUCGGAAUCUACGGCACCUGGAUGCCCAAUACGAACUAUUUAGGCUGGCGUAACCUUCAGAGUUACGACCCAUCCAACUGCUCGGCCCUUUGCAACUCGACUUCGGCGUGUCGGUCCUUCAACAUGUUCUUCCAGCGCUCACCGACCCUGGAGCCGAGCUGGAUUCCCACCUCCCCUUGCUACAACCCCCCCUCGACCGUCGAGAUCAUGUGCACCUUGUGGAACACCAACAUCACCGUGUCGGCCAUCGAGACCAGCUUUGGCUGGCCUCGUGGCGGAUUCAACGUGUCUAUUGUCGCAUCCAAAUAUUACAACAAGAAGGGAUCUUAA